AUGCAGCUCAAGUCGGAUGACAAGCAGGUGUUUUUUUUCCCUCCCGUAUCUGCUGUCACGUGUGAUAAGAUAGGCCGCCCCUCGUGGGACUUCCACAUAUGUUGGUUGAGUGACAACUUCACGCAGUUGGCGCCAGAAGAACGAAUUGAAUUAAGCGAGAUGACCAAGUUCCGGCCCUGUAUCGAUCUGCAUUCUGGUCAAGUCAAGCAAAUCGUUGGGGGAACAUUGAGUGAAGUAGCUGCGGAUCUCAAGACCAACUAUGUAUCCAAACUCCCCGCCAGCUAUUAUGCGGAAUUAUAUCAUAAUAGUGACCUACGAGGAGGCCAUGCUGUGAUGCUUGGGCCCGGAAAUGAUGAGGCUGCGAAAGAGGCCCUCAGAACUUGGCCUGGGGGCCUACAAGUUGCCGGUGGUAUCACGGACCAGAAUGCCCAAUAUUGGAUUGACCAGGGAGCUGAGAAGGUGAUAAUUACAUCCUUCCUCUUUCCAGAAGGCAAAUUCUCUAUCGAACGACUAGAAUCUGUUUUAUCUGCUCUUGGGGGUGAUAGAUCAAAGUUAGUUUUGGAUCUCAGCUGUCGAAGAAAGGAUAAUACAUGGUUUGUCGCCAUGAAUUGCUGGCAGACCAUUACCGAGAUGGAGAUUACUCCAGAAUCGAUCUCAUUACUGGAACCCUAUUGUUCCGAAUUCCUCAUACACGCAGCAGAUGUAGAGGGACUACAACAAGGCAUUGAUGAAGAACUGGUGUCCAAACUGGCUCAAUGGUGCACCAUUCCUGUUACAUACGCCGGCGGUGCACGUAGUCUUGAGGACCUUGAAAAGGUUCAAGCUAGCAGUCAAGGGAAAGUUGAUCUGACAAUUGGCAGUGCUUUGGACAUUUUUGGUGGUUCGGGUAUCAAAUUUGAUGAAUGUAUUCAGUGGAAUAAAUCUCAUUAA